AAUGAAAGUUAACUGGCAGACAAGCUGCAGCUGAGACAAGUCUCCGUUUCUCUCUCGAAUAAAACUGAGUUCAUCAGGUUAUUCUCAACAACACAGCAGAGCAAACACUGAAAUGGCUGCUGUAAACUAUCUGCCAUCUGAAGAUCAGUUUCUGUGCUCCAUCUGUCUGGAUGUGUUCACUGAUCCGGUCACCACGUCUUGUGGACACAACUUCUGCAAAAACUGCAUCAAUGAACACUGGAAUACUCACGACCAGUACCAGUGUCCGAUGUGUGAAAUGGUUUUUGACACAAGACCAGAGCUUCACAUCAAUACUUUCAUCUCGAAGAUGGCUGCUCAGUUCAAACAGACAGCUCAACAAAAAGCAGACAGCAGAAGGAGUAGCGCCAGCAGCUUCAGCAGCAUCAGCAGCUCAGAGCAACAAGUGUCCACAACAGGAGAAGUUCUCUGUGACCUCUGCACUGGAACCAAACUACAGGCCUUGAAGUCCUGCCUGGUGUGUCUGGUCUCCUACUGUGAGACUCACCUGGAACCUCAUCUGACAAUAUUCGGCCUGAAAAGACAUCAGCUGAUCGACCCUGUGGCGAACCUGGAGGACAGGAUGUGUCUGAAGCACGAUAAACCCCUGGAGCUGUUCUGUAAGACAGAUCAGACAUGCGUCUGCAUGCUCUGCCCUGUUUUGGACCAUAGGACACAUGAGUUUGUUCCACUGAAAGAAGGAUAUGAACAGAAGAAGGCAACUCUGUGGAAAACAGAGGCUGAAGUUCAGCUCAUGAUCCAGAAGAGACAACUAAAGAUUCAGGAGAUUAAAGACUUGGUCGACCUCAGUAAGGAAAACGCAGACAGAGAGAUUGCAGAAGGUGUUCAGGUCUUUACUUCUCUGAAGGAGUCUGUUGAGAAAGCACAGGCCAAUUUCAUCGACACAGUCAAAGAGAAGCAGGAAACGACAGAAAAACAGGCUGAAGGCUUUACCAGAGAGCUGGAACAGGAAAUCUCUACGUUGUUGAAGAGGAGCACAGAGCUGGAGCAGCUCUCACACUCUGAAGACCACCUCCAUUUUCUCCAGACUGUCCAGUCCCUAAACACCCUCCAUCCAACACCCACCAAGAACUGGAGAGAGGUGAGCAUCUGUCCAUCAUAUAAGGGGACUGUGAUGAGAGCUGUGUCUCAGCUGGGAGAGACAAUCAGUGCAGAGAUGAAGAAACUGUUUACAGCUGAGCUGAAGAGAGUCCAGCAGUAUGCAGUGGACGUGACUUUUGAUCCUGAUACAGCACAUCCCAACCUCACCCUGUCUGAUGAUGGGAAAGUAGUGUAUCAUGGUGUUAAGAAAGACCUUCCAGACAACCCGGAGAGAUUUACUCUCAAUCGCUGUGUUUUAGGAAAGCAGAGUUUCUCUUCAGGCAGAUUUUACUAUGAGGUUCUAGUCGAAGGAAAGACUAAAUGGGAUUUAGGAGUGACCACAGAGUCGAUCAACAGGAAGACACAGAUCACACUGGGCCGUCUGUACGGUAACUACAGUUUAUGGUUGAGAAAUGUCAAUGAGUACACAGCUCUUGACACCCCUCCAGUUCGUCUCUCUCUAAAGUCUAAGCCCCGGAAGGUGGGGGUGUUUGUGGACUAUGAGGACAGUCUUGUCUCCUUUUAUGACGUAGAUGCUGCAGCUCUUAUGUAUUCCUUUACUGGCUGCAACUUCACUGAGAAACUCUUUCCAUACUUCUGUCCCAUGAAAAAUGAUGGUGGAAACUCUGCACCUAUGAUCAUCUGUCCCAUCAGUGAAGACUAAUCAAUUAUCUUAUUUCACAGCAGUUUGGUCAUAUAUCAUUCAUAGCCUGAUUUAUAGAACUUUUUUCUGAAAACAUUGUAAAAUCUAUUUUUUAUGACUGUUGACAGUGUUUUUUGACAGUGAUAAAAACUGAUAUCUAACAUUGCAAAAACUUUUGGCUGAAAUAUAUUAACAUAAUAAAACAAGAGUUUUUAACCUGGCUUUAUCAAAUGUUCAGAUUUCUGUUCUAUCAAAUAAGAUAAUGCAUCAUUUGGAAAAUGAAAAAGAGUUGGGACCCAGUUUACUGUAAAUACCCACAGGACUUUUAUAGGAAUAUAGACAAAACUACAACAAAUGCAGCAGCCUACAGUAGCACAAAAUAUUAUAUGUCCUAAUAAUAAAAAAAAUGCAUCAGAUCAAGAAUAUAAAAUCACUCCACUAAUAAAUAACAUAUAAGGAAUAAUAAUGCAAUAAUACAAUCUUUCACAAGGUUACAUUUGGCAGUUGGAGGCAUUAGCACCAUGCCAGUUGGAUUAGCUUCGUAAAGCUCCUCUGUGGAUGUAGAUGAAAGAUUCAUUUUGCCCUCUUCUUAUCUUUGGAAAGACAAAUAGCACUUUCUGUCUACAGUAACUGUGCCAGGUCAGACAGCUGAGCAAGCUCACAUGCGUUUCGGGAUCAAUGUAACAGCUUUUGAUGUUUUUUCCGUUCCUGGAUCUUGAAAUAAAGUUCAGGUUGGAUUUUGUCUAUUUACUAGUAUAUUUUAUUUUCUGAUUUUCUUGUUGUUGAUAUAUAUUGUAUCUACUGUAUGAUUUUAUGGUAAUAAAACAUCUUUACAUCA